AUGUUCGGAUCACACACGCUCAACAGACUCAUCUCCUGCACAGUGCUGAGCCUCAUCUUCCUCUUCAGCUCAGGGGAGAACCAGCCUCAGGAAGCCGGUGGAGGAGCACCUCAUGUGGACGGAAGAGAUGGUCAGAGGGUCCUGAUCCUGGAGGCAGUGAAGACUGGGAUCCUCAGCUCAUUGGGGAUGGAGAGGGAGCCCAGGCCCGCACACAAAGCCUCUGAAAAAGAGCUAAGAAGGAUGUACCGGCUUUACAGAGAGACACUGAGAGAGAUGAGAGGAAAUUCAAGCAACACAAUGAGGGAAACCAUGUCAAUUGUGCUCUUUCCAGCUAUAGUGAAGACAAUCAAAGCUCCUAGGCAGACAGACCAACAACACAUGCAGUGGUACAGAGCUGUGUUCCGCAGGAAUCACAACAUCCAGGCUGAGGUGACACUGGUGCGGGCUCAGCUGAAGAUUUCUAGGCGGAUUUUGGACAAACCCAUCUCAGUUCAGCCGGAGACAAGACCAGAGAUUGAAGUUAAAGUCAACCGGAAGAGACCAACAAACUCUCCAGACUUAGUAAACGUGUCAAACACUCAAGAUGUGAUUCUGGACAUCAAGCCUGAAGUAGAGAGGUGGAUGAGGACUGAUCGAGGUCAUAGGCUGGUCAUAGAUGUUGGGGUAGUUGCGGAGGAAGACACCCUUGGGAUAAAUCCAACCAUUUCUCUGGAACUAGACCUCAAACAGGCCCAGAGGAGGAGGCUUCCUCGCUCCACCAAAGAAGAUGAGUGCGAUGAGCGAGGGUGGUGCUGCAGGAAGUCGGUCACUGUGUCCUUCAAAGACAUCGGCUGGACUGAUUGGGUGGUGGCACCGACUGAGUACGUCAUGCAUUUCUGUGACGGCUUAUGCCCUCAUAAUUACAAGCCGGCUAGUAUGCACACGCAGGUGAAGUCUAGGCUGCACCAGAUCACUAAGGGAGGGACGCCUCGGCCCUGCUGUGUGCCGACCUCCUAUGAGCCCAUGGUGCUCAUGCACUAUGACAGCGGGGGAAAGUUGAAGCUGACGUCCUUUAAUGACCUGAUUGUUAGUAAAUGUCAGUGUGCCUAAAGGGGAAAACAACAAUGACCUUUGAGAAAGCUUUGCUACUUGAAAUAUAUGUUACAAGAUGAAAAAAAUCCUGCUGUGUUCUUGAUGUAAAUGUUUUAUUUUAAAGGCAAAAAUACAUGAUUAUGUUUUGGUUUUUAUUGUGGACCAAGUACACAUUUAAAAGUUAAAAACGUAUUUAUUUAAAGUCUUAUUUAUGUCCCAGAAAUUAUAUUUGUGUUGUGUUAUAGGUAUGUGUUACUUAUGUGUUUUUAUUCAGUUGUUUUGCCAUUUAUUGGUUAAAGUACUGCAUUGUUUUAUGAGUAAUCUGCUUUGCAUGUUUGUUGUCUUAAACAUUUCAUUUGUUAUUUGAAGACCCAAAUAAAUGAUUAAUAAAACUAAAUUGGAGGACUGAAAGUAUAAAAAA